GAAUAGGCUUUGGUGAUGCAUACCUACAUUUUUUUUAAAAGCAGUCUUAUUAUUACAGAACGAUAUACUCUGUUAUUAUUCAGAACUGAAUUCCUAAAGAAUUCAAUAACUACGUUACGUUGCUGAAAGAAACCGCUACUUAACUAAAAUGUUUUACCGCGUACUUCAGAGAACUUUAAUUCCAACCUUUAGAUCGAUAAACGAUGCAACAGCAGUUACAACAACAAAAUAUGUCAAUUCAUCAAGAAAUGUGCCAUAUAACAUAAGCUGUCAUAUUCAAUACCGGCUGUUUUCUAUGAAACCUAAUCCUGAAGAGAUGAUAGUGAGUUUUGAAGAAGUUAAAAAUGCUACUUCAAACAAUAACGUAUUAAUAGUAGAUGUAAGAGAGCCAGAUGAAAUUAAAGAACAUGGAAAAAUUCCAAAUAGUAUCAACAUACCAUUGGGUGAUGUUACUAAAGUACUGAGUACUAUGUCAGAAGAGGAUUUUAGAAAAAUAUACAAUAGAUCAAAACCAUCAGAAGAUAGCCCCAUUAUUUUCUAUUGUAUGAUUGGUAAAAGGUCUGGCAUGGCUCAGCAAAAUAGUUUGAACCUGGGAUAUAAGAAUGUCAAAAAUUACCUUGGUAGCUGGACAGAAUGGGCUUCGAAGAUGCAGUCAUAAAUAGCAAAAGGAUUUUUUAAAUCAUCAUCAUCAUCUAGUCAAAUACAGGGGAAAGUGCAUUCAUCAAAGAAAAUUCUUGUUAAUUUCAUAGUAAUGUCACAUACUACCUUUUGUAGGCAUUUUUGUCUUAUAGCAGAAUAGCAAACCAAAGAAACAAAUGAAUUUUAAAUUUUGAAACUAAAAUGAAUCUUAAAUCAGUUCUUUCCAUAUUAUCAAAUUGCAUUCAGUUCAGUCACAAAUUUUCAGAGAAAUUAAAUAGAUGUUUUGUUGUUAAUAUUUGAAAUAUUAACAAAUAUAUAAAAGGUUUCUAAGUAAAACAUUUCAAGAACCUAUAUUAAUUUAUUAUGCAUUAACAAUGGACCAUACAUCACAGUUAAUAUUGUACAGAUAAUUCACUUUUGUUUACUUGACCAGUCAUUCCAACUGCCAAGAUAGGUUUUAGAUCUGUAAAAGAAAAAAUUAUAGUAUUCAUAAAGUAAAACUAAUUCAAUAAUUAACAUAUAUUUUAUUAUUUCAAACUAAAACUGAGCUGCUUCAACUGUAAUUUAUAAGAAAUUGAUCUACAGAUUUCUAAAAUGUUUUCUCAAAACCUAUUCCAGCAAAUAUAUGUUAAAUACAAAUUAAUUCUAAAUAACCACUACUUACUUUGAAUAACCAAGUUUUAAAGCUUUAUCUAAAGCUUCUGAUGAACGGCGACCAGAUUGACAAUAAAAUAUAAGUUCAUCUGAUGCAGAUGGCUUUGUUCUCUGAAAGUGUUUCUUGAAUUCAUCAUCAGACAUAGAUGUUAAUGCAUCUUGCAUGGCAUUCACUGGAAUUAUAGUAAAGCAUUUACAGGCUACAAUAUAUUGGAAACAUGACCAGUUUUGAAAUUAAAAUUUAAUAUAACCAGCAAACUAUAAAGAUACCUUCAACGUAAUAAAAUAUAUGUUGCAAUGGAGAUAUAAUUUAGUUUUCAAAUUAACCAUUCAAUCAGUUAACAACUCAAGAAGUUUGGAAUAAUUAUUGGGUUAAUAAUCUUUCAGUGCAGCAGUUAUUUAGUAGAUUAAAACAAAAGAAAAAAGGAUUAAAAAAUGAAUUACGUGGAAUAUUAAUGCUCGAGGGUAUCUUCCCGGUUGCGCUCACUUCAUCAGGAUUGCGGACAUCAAUGAUAACUUUUUCAGGCUGAUGAAUAACUUUAAGCAUAUCUUCAUAGCUAACUACUCUUUGUGGAUCCACCAUUUUAUCACUAUUAUAUUUAUUUACUGAUAUGUUCCUUGUAAAUGAAGAAAAUAACUGGCCUAGAAAAAUCAUUAAUGUCAAAGUCAUAAAACUAUUUAGUAAAACUGUGAAGAAAAAACAUUAUGAUUGAUUUGUGCAAAGAGCUUGCAAUCAUUAAUGAAGUAAAGGUAAAGGCAAAUACAUAAAACUGUAAUUUAUCUAUCUUGACUCGACCUUGGAAUAAUAAUUACCUUUUUUAAACGUGCUGUUAUUAAAAGCGAUAUUUUUAUUUUUUGAUGUAUAUGAUAAAUUUUUAAUGAGGUUUUCCACAGCGUGUAAUCUCACUGCACUCAAUCUAACAGUAUUUCGAGAAAUUAGGAAGGUAAACAUUUAAAUUAAGUCUGAAAAACCCUUGCACAACAAAGAAAAGGCAGGCAAGCGCGCAGUACCGACCGGCAGCAGCAACCACAAAUC